AUGGCCAGCCAAGUCUGCAAGAAGUCUUUCAGCAGUGGGAGCCGCAGCUUCUCUGGCCAUUCCGCCAUGGUCCCUGGCCGAAGCAGCAGCACCAGGAUGAGCUGCGUGGCUCGUUCGGCAGCAGCUGGCUCAGGGGCCUCUGGGACCCAGGGGGGAGCAGGUGGCUUUGGCAGUCGCAGCCUCUACAACCUGGGUGGCCACAAAAGCAUCUCCAUGAGUGUGGCAGCUGGUGGCUCGCGGGCUGGUGGCUUUGGUGGAGGGCGGAGCAUCUGUGGCAGUGGCUUUGGGGGUGGCUAUGGAGGUGGCUUUGGUGGUGGCAGUGGAAUGGGAGGUGGUUUUGGGGGAGCAGUUGGUUUUGGGGGAGCAGGUGGCGUUGGUAGUCCUUGCAGAGGCAUCCAGGAAGUGACUGUCAAUCAAAGCCUGCUGCAGCCCCUCAAUGUGGAGAUUGACCCGCAGAUUGGGCAAGUGAGGGCCCAGGAACGGGAGCAGAUCAAGACCCUCAACAACAAGUUUGCUUCUUUCAUUGACAAGGUGCGCUUCCUGGAGCAGCAGAACAAAGUCCUGGAGACCAAGUGGGCACUGCUGCAGCAGCAGACCACGAGCUCUGGUGCCGGCCCCUCCAACCUGGAGCCCCUGUUUGAAUCCUACAUCAGCUUCCUGCGCCAGCAGCUGGAUUCACUCCUCGGGGAGAAGGGUAGCCGAGAAGGGGAGCUGAGAAGUGUGCAGGGCAUGCUGGAGGACUUCAAGAAGAAGUAUGAGGAUGAGAUCAACAAACGCACGGCAGCCGAGAAUGAGUUUGUGGCGCUCAAGAAGGAUGUGGAUGCGGCUCAUGCGAGCACGGCGGAGCUACAGGCCAAGGCGCACAGCCUGACGGAUGAGAUCGGCUUCCUGAGGACCCUCUUUGACAUGGAGCUGUCCCAGAUGCAGAGCCAUGUCUCCGACACAUCUGUGGUGCUGUCCAUGGACAACAACCGCAACCUGGACCUGGACAGCAUCAUUGCCGAGGUCAAGGCCCAGUAUGAGGAGAUCGCCCAAAGGAGCAAGGCAGAGGCCGAGGCUCUGUACCAGACCAAGCUUGGAGAGCUGCAGACCACGGCUGGCAGGCACGGCGAUGACCUGAAGAGCACCAAGAGUGAGAUUGCGGAGCUCAACAGGAUGAUCCAGAGGCUGCGGGCCGAGAUUGAGAGCAUCAAGAAGCAGAAUGCCAGUCUGCAAUCAGCCAUCGCCGACGCCGAGCAGCGCGGCGAGCUGGCCCUCCAGGAUGCCAAUGCCAAGCUGGCUGAGCUGCAGGCCGCCCUGCAGAAGGCCAAGGAUGACCUGGCCCGGCUGCUACGUGACUACCAGGAGCUCAUGACUGUGAAGCUGGCCCUGGACGUAGAGAUCGCCACCUACUGCAAGCUGCUGGAGGGCGAGGAGAGCAGAAUGUCUGGAGAGUGCCAGGACGCGGUGAGCAUCUCAGUGGUCAACCAUGUCACCAGCAUAAGCAGUGGCUCUGGUGGAAGCCGUGGAGGUUUCAGAGGAGCUGAUGACAGCAGCAGUGGCGGCUAUAGGGGCAGCAGUGGCAGCGGCAGCAGCAGCAGUGGUUACAGAGGAGUCAGUGGUAACAGCAAUGUUGGCUACGGGGGCAGCAGCAGCACCACCACCAACAGCAGUGGUUACAGAGGAGUCAGCGGCGAUGGCAGCAGCAGGCGCAGGGACAGCAGCGAGGGCUAUCUGAGUGGCAGCCGCUCUGAGAGCCAGAGUGGAAGGGGCUCUGGCUCUGGCAGUGUACAGACCUCCGGAGGCAGUGGCUACAGGCCUGCUGGUGAAGGUAGCACCAGCAUCCGCUUCUCCCAGACCUCCAGCUCAAGUCAGCAAUGCUCCAAGUGA